CCCACAGUUUCCCACUUCAAAUGCUGUAGUUGUUAUCUUCGCCCAGAUUUUUUGCUGAACUGUUGGCGUCAAUUUUGUUCCUCCCAAGUCUAUGCUCUGCGUCUGAGGCCUGCACGCGCAGAUAUGGAGCAGUCCAUGAGCCCCGAAGACCUGAAGGCGGAUAUUGGCUCUUCCCUGCAGGGUACCACUACGGCGCUGCUCGCGCUGGCUACCCUUUUCUCCGGGUUGAGGUUUUGGGCGCGGUAUGCCUUGAGGGCGUCGUUUGGCAGCGACGAUUGGAUGGUGGUUGGGGCAUUGGUUUCGGUGUUUGUUACGGGUGCCAUAAACUACGCUAUGAUCUCAUAUGGCCUCGGUCGCCACGCUGGGACAUUGUCACAGGACGACCUGGUCUCGUUCUUCAAGCUGCUCCUCGCCUUUGAGUGCGUAUAUGUCACGGCCGUGAUGAUGGUGAAGCUCGCAGUGCUGGCGAUGUAUCUGCGUAUCUUCCCAUCCCACGGCUUCAGAACCGGGGCGGCUAUGAUUGCCAGCAUCGUCGUCGCAUGGUGGAUCGCAAUCGUUGCAGUCUGCAUCUGGCAGUGCAAUCCCAUCAAGAAGGCUUGGCUGCCGUGGAUUGAGGGCACUUGCAUCAACCUGAAGGCCUCCUUCAUCGGCAACGCCAUUCCGAACAUCCUCACCGACGUGGCUAUCCUCGCCAUGCCAGUCGGACAAGUCUGGAAGCUGCAGGUUACUCUCGCGCAGAAGGCAUCGUUGCUCUUCAUUUUUUUGUUGGGAGGCUUGUGAGUCCAUUUCCAGGCGACACGCUCCUACCUUCUGGUGUGACGACACGCUGACUUUGGCUCACAGUGUCCUGUUCGCCUCCAUCUACA